AUGCCCCAGAGCCGCGUCCGGCAUCUGCCCAAGGCUGUGAUUUUGAAUCAUUCGACCAUGACAGUUCAUAGCAUAGACAUUGUCGUUUCUGUCGAUUUGGGCACCACUUUCACAGGCGUAUCAUGGAGAACGCCGCGCACUCCCAUCCAAGUCAUCAACGACUGGCCCGGCAGUGGUGACCGGGCGGAGCGCAAAGUCCCAACCGCCAUUGUCUACAAUGCCGACGGAACACUUUCGUCAUGGGGUCACAUGUGCGCCGACGACGACGACGGCGGCGGCGGCCAAGACGAGGCGUCGGGCAAGUUGCGGCGCGAAUUCUUCAAAAUAUUCAUCGACAGCGCCAACUUGGCAGCCGCGCAAACUCUCUCCCGAGCUCCCAAGACCGUCGAAGGGGCACAGAGGUUUGCCACCGACUACCUCCGACAAUUGUAUGGCCACGUCAAGGAGACAAUCGAGAUGCAAACCGGCCGACGGCAAGUGCCCGGCGGUUGGUCAGACCUGGUGGUCGUCUUCCUCUUCAGCGUGCCCACAACGUGGACGCGCAUGGAAACCAUCAAUACAUUCAAGGGCAUCAUACGCAAAGCAGGGUUUGGAGUAGAGGGCCCAAGGCACUCGGCACAGGUUGAUCUCACCGAGGCCGAGGCCGCAGCCGUCGCGACCUUGAAGACGAGUGCCAUCCCCCACAUAUGCGGUCAUAUUUUAUCAGCACGGGUUCAAGCCACCAAGGCAUAUUGA